UUAUCCUUGGAAACCAGAACAAGAACCAAUAAAUAUUUAUAAGGAUUGUACAAACGUUACAUUGAUGGAUAUUUGUUAUUAUAGUGCAUUUGUGAAUGAACCACUGGUAUGCAACGAAUCAUCCAUGUUCGAAGACGUUCAACUACAGCCAACUAGAAAUUUGGCUAUUAAUUUUAAUCAAACUUUUGAGCAUAGACCCAUAAGACUGCUAGAAGUACGAGAAAAACAAGAAGCGGAGCUAGCUCAGAUAUAUCAAGCACUCGCUACGGCCAAAUGCAGAGACAUCGUAAAUUUAGAGAGAUUGGAGACAUUGGGUGAUUCGUACCUUAAGUUAAUUGCUUCCAUGUAUAUAUUUUUUAAAUUCCCUUCUCUAAAUGAAGGCGAAUCUACUGUACUGAAGGGUCGUUUGAUAAGCAACAGGAAUUUGUUCUACCUUAGCCGUGAUAAAGGCUUGGGUUCUCUGGUGAAGGUGUCUGAUUUCUCGCCGACGGCCGAAUGGCUACCACCCGGUUACUGCGUUCCAUCCGAAAUCACCAAACUAGUCUUGGACAAGCAACUGCCGAUAACAGCUUUAUUCAAUUUUUGUCCUAAUCGUGACGAACAACUUUCGGGCCAAUUGAGUGAUGAAACAUUUAAAAUGCUGGAACCACACAAAUGCAACGUCGACGAUGAUUUGGAUAAGAGCAGUUUCAGUUCGUUCUGCAAUUUUCUGGCUAAACAAUCUAUAAGAGAUAAAACCAUAGCUGACGUUACUGAAGCUCUAAUCGGAGUUUACUUCAGUAGCUGCGGAUUCGAUGGUGCUCUGAACUUCAUCGAAUGGUUGGGACUAAUACCAAAAACUGAAGAGAUUGCGAAACUUUUCAAGCAACCCCCAUUAAAUCCAAUCGUGAAUCCGAACGCGACUGAAGCAAAUUUGGAUAUUCUUCUAACAAGGUAUACUCAGAAAUCUGUGGAGGAUAUAAUAGGGUAUAAGUUCAACAAUCGAGCUUUCCUGUUGCAAGCCUUAACGCAUGGUUCGUACUCAGCGAAUCGCAUUACUUUAUCUUACGAACGUUUAGAGUUCAUCGGAGAUGCUGUCUUGGAUUUUCUGAUCACCACAUACAUCUACGAGAACUGUGAAAAUUUAGAUCCGGGCAAGCUUACCGAUUUGAGAUCGGCCUUGGUAAACAAUGAAACGUUUGCAGCGUUCGCAGUAAGACUGAACCUUCACAAACAUCUAAAAUAUUACAGCUCUGUGCUUAACAAUCAUAUACAAAAAUUCGUCAAGUACCAGGAGGCGAAAGGAAACGUUGUCAAUGACGACGUAUUGAUUUUAUUGAAUGAGACAGACUUAAAACUUGUCCAACACGUUGAUGUUCCGAAAGUUUUGGGCGAUAUCUUCGAAUCCAUGGUGGGAGCGGUUUACCUGGACAGCGGUAUGGAUUUAAACGCUGUGUGGAAGGUGGUUUACAAAAUAAUGUGGAAGGAAAUAUCGCAAUUCUGUGCGAAUAUUCCGAAAAGUCCAAUUAGGAUCUUGAUGGAAACUCUAGCACCGCUUUAUCCGACAUUCCACUCUGCUGUUAGUGUGGGGGGCGAAAUGGUGAUGGUGAAAUUGGAUUUCAUGCUGAGAGGAAGUCUGACGAGGGUGCACGGCUUCGGACAAAACAAGAAGGGCGCCAAGAAAGCUGCUGCCAAGAUCGCACUAAGGCUAUUGACUCCAAAAUAAAAAGUAUAAUAAUCAUAUACUUAUUUAUAUUAUAGAAAUCAUUUUUUG